AUGGUGGAGAAGGCAGGAGGAAGAAGUCGUCAUGGGCUUACUCCAAGAUUUCAUGUUUACAUCAUUGAUGCCCUCCCUCCUAAUUCUAAACUAAUCCUUCAUUGUCAAUCUCAUGAUAAUGAUUUAGGGUACAAAGUCCUCUAUCCAAAUCAAGAGUUUAGUUUUAGCUUUAAUCAGAAAGUUUUUGGGGGUACACUUUACUUUUGUCAUUUCUGGUGGAAUGGCAAAAGUAUACCAUUUGAUGUAUUCAAUAGCUCUAUAGCUGGAACAUGUGGAGAAAUAGAUGGUGACCAUUUAGAAUGUUAUUGGAAGGUGCAAGAAGAUGGCUUCUAUUUUGGUGCACGACGAAAUCCUCCACCUGCUUAUGAGAAGAAACAUGAUUGGAAUCAAUAG